AUGGGAAAAGAAAAAAAAUGUGACGUAGAGAAAACUUUAAAUGGGGACACCGUAGAUGAUGAAAGCAAGAAAAAGAAAAAGAGUAAAAAACAUAAGAAACGUAAGAGAAGUGCUGAAGAGAACGAUGAAAAGGCAUAUAAGAAAAAGAAAUCUAAAAAGGAAAAAUACAAAAGUCCUAAAGAAGAAAGCGAAACAUCAUUAUCUGAUGUGGAAGAAUUAAUCAAAAAGUCGAGACAAUGUAAACCUACUAAUAAAGGAUCAUCGUCACUAGAUACUCCUUUAAUUAUAAAUUCUAAAAAUGGGAACGCUCUCCCUUCAGAAUCCCGCAGCAGCAGUCGAGACGCUCACACGCGACAAGUAGAGGAUACUUUAGAAAUAGUGUCCUCCAAUUCUGAAGCAGAAAACUACCAAGAGGACUGUGCUAGUCCUGAACUAACAAUAAUUGAAGAUGAUCUGAAUCUGGAAGAAUUAAUGAAACAAAAGGAAUUAUUACAAGCUCGCUUGGUUGCAUAUGAUUCUGACAAAAGCGAAGAAGAUACUAACUAUACACAAAGGCCAUCUAUACCUAAUAAUGAGGUUAUAUGUAUAAAUGAUGAAGUAAAGACCCCAAUUCGUAAGAAAGACAAAAGGGGACAUGAUAUUGAGCAGAAAAAAAGCAGUAGACAUAAAUUAGGUAAAGAACGGUCUACAGAAAAAGAAAAGCAUAGAUCCAGACGCCAAGAAGAGGAUUUAAGAGAAAUAAUUAAUAGAGAAAAUAAAAAAGAAAUGGAAAAGAAACUUGAAGAAAAAGAAUAUCGUGAACGGAAAGAGCGCGAACGCCGCAAAGCUGAAUCAGAAAGAGAAAAAGAACGAGAACGUGAAAGAGAGCGUGACAAAGAAAGAGAGCGUGAAAAAGAAAGAGAACGGGAUAGAGAAAAAGAGCGGGAAAGAGAUAGAGAACGGGAGAGAGAUCGGGACAGAAAACGGGAAAGAGAGCGGGAUAGGGGUCGGGAAAGAGAGCCUCGCUCAUCUGAAGUCAGGCGCCGCGAUAGAGAUACUGUUCGCAGCCGGCGAUCGAGGGAUCGCUCGUCGAUUACGAGACGCGACAGGCGACCUUCAGAUCGCGACCGUAGGUCUCGCGAGCGAAGUAGGGAUAGGCACACAGGGGCGUCCAAAGACAAAAACUAUAAACCAGAGCAUAAAGACAGGAGAAAGAACUCAGCCCACGAAGUCGCACAAGUAGUCGCUAGUUCAAGCGACGAGGAACUUGAUAUUUCUAUUAACACAGAUGACGAGGAGGAAACGGAAGAACAAAUUAUUGAAAAGAGACGCAAACAAAGGGAGCAACUGUUAAAGAGGCUAGGAUGUAACAAUAGUGCUCAUACAGACGCGAGUCAAAACAAUGCAGCCACCAAUGUGAGGAAAAUUGAAUCUGGGACACCGGAAAUUAAAGUUGCUAAGGAACCUACGCACCACGUUAAAAAUGAUUUAGCAGAAAUCAAAGGAGAUAAGAACAGUGGUUUAACUAGAAAUGCAGAGAAUGACUCAAAAACUAAACUCGACAAGGCCCUUAGAGGCAGUGAAUGGGACAUGUUCGCAGAUCAGGACAACUUCGACAGCGUAGAUACUCCAACUGCUGGCAAACACAGAAGUAAAAAUGCGUCAGAAAACCCUUCACUCACAGACAACUGGGAUGACGCCGAAGGUUACUACAGAGUAAGAAUAGGAGAGACGUUAGACAACAGGUACACAGUGUACGGAUACACGGGACAGGGCGUGUUCUCUAAUGUGGUGAGAGCGCGGGACCAGGCUCGUGGCAACACCGAUGUAGCCGUUAAAAUUAUAAGGAACAAUGAGAUUAUGCAUAAAACUGGUUUGAGGGAAUUGGAGAUCUUGAAACGAUUGAACGACGCCGACUCCGAAGACAAAUUCCAUUGCUUACGUCUGUUCCGUCACUUCUUUCAUAAACGCCAUCUUUGCAUGGUUCUAGAACCACUUUCGAUGAAUUUGAGGGAGGUUCUUAAGAAAUAUGGAAAAAAUAGCGGUAUACAUAUAAAAGCUGUUAGAAGUUAUACACAACAAAUGCUCUUAGCUUUAAAACUGUUGAAAAAAACGGGUAUAUUGCAUGCGGAUAUAAAGCCGGAUAAUAUUCUGGUGAACGACAGUAAGUUGAUGUUGAAAUUGUGUGACUUCGGUGCGGCGUCACAUGUCUCAGACAAUGAAAUAACGCCAUACCUCGUGUCAAGGUUCUAUAGAUCACCAGAAAUUAUACUUGGCGUGCCAUAUGACCAUGGCAUCGAUAUGUGGUCCACAGCUUGCACCAUAUACGAACUGUCCACGGGGAAAAUAAUGUUCAGUGGUAAAUCUAACAAUGAAAUGUUGAAAUAUUUCAUGGAUUUAAAAGGGAAGAUUCCAAAUAAAAUCAUUAAGAAGGGCCAUUUCAAGGAACAACAUUUUGAUAAUAAUUGCAACUUUUUAUACCACGAGCUAGAUAAGAUUACGGAAAGGGAGAAAAUAGUUAUAAUGUCAAGUAUAAAGCCUACACGCGAUCUGCAAACCGAGUUGGCUCCGUCCCACCACCGACUGCCGGCGCCCGAGGCUAAGAAAAUCACACAACUAAAAGAUUUACUAGAAAGAAUGCUAAUGUUAGACCCAGCGAAGCGAGCCUCGGUCAACCAUUGCCUGGCCCACCCAUUCAUACAAGAAAAAAUA